AAAAAGGAAAGGGAAAAGAGAUGGCACGUGUGGGAGAAGAGAGAGAAAGAAGAGAUGAGAGUUGUGGUGAGGUUUGUGGAGAGGAGAAGUUUCUCUUUUGAGGAAUGGGGUGGAGAAGGUGGGAAAUGAGAAUUGAAAGGCUUAUGAAUGGAGAAGAAGAAGCUCAACGUCAUCAUCCCUAAUCCUCAACCUCAUGGAAUCAUUCCACGCCGCAAUUCCCCUAUCUCUCAAGGACAAGGUUUGGUAUUUGUAGCCACUGUGUGCAUUGAUGAUGUGGCUUCAGUUUCGCUUACAUCAUGCUGUUCACGCGUGUAUGAUGUUGUUUCAGAUUCACUGUGGAUGAUGAAUUUGAGGAGUGGCGAAACAAUGGAUUCUGGAGCUUAUCCGGAGCGUCCAGGGGAGCCAGACUGUUCAUAUUACAUCAGAACUGGACUCUGUAGAUUUGGUGCAACGUGUCGUUUUAAUCAUCCUCCUAACAGGAAGCUGGCUAUUGCUACUGCAAGGAUGAUAGGCGAGUUCCCAGAAAGAAUAGGACAACCAGAAUGUCAGUACUAUCUGAAGACAGGAACUUGCAAAUUUGGCGCCACAUGCAAAUUUCAUCAUCCUAAAGAUCAGGCUGGGAUUGCUGGAAGAGUUGCCUUAAAUACUUUAGGCUAUCCGCUCCGACCUAAUGACCCCGAAUGCACUUAUUAUUUGAGAACAGGACAAUGCAAAUUUGGAAACACUUGCAAAUUCCACCAUCCUCAACCGAGUAAUAUGAUGCUUUCAUUACAGGAUUCUUCUGUUUACCCUACUGUCCAUUCUCCAACUACACCAGGUCAGCAGUCGUAUGCAGGAGGAAUUACAAAUUGGUCAAGGGCAUCAUACAUCCCUAGUCCUCGCUGGCAGGGUCCUUCAAGUUAUGCACCCUUAAUUCUUCCUCAGGGAGUGGUUUCGGUGCCUGGGUGGAGUGCAUAUGGUAAACUCUGUUGGUGUGAAAUUUCACGGUAUUUGUCUCUCAACAUAAUUGGAGAUAUUCCUUUCAUGGGUCAAGUGGGAUCAAUCUCUACUUCAGACAGUCAUCAGCAAGUAAUGAGAAAUGGUCAAACAUAUGGAACUUCUCGCCAAGGUGAGCUAGCAAACGCAGGAUCACAUGGAGCAUACUCUCAAUUCCGUUCUGGCACUGUUCCAGUAGGGUUUUAUGCAUUGCAGAGGGAAAACAUAUUUCCUGAGAGACCUGGCCAGCCUGAAUGCCAAUUCUACAUGAAGACAGGAGAUUGUAAGUUUGGUGCAGUCUGUCGGUUCCACCACCCAAGCGAAAGGCUAAUUCCUGCUCCUGACUGUGUCCUGAGUCCCAUGGGCCUUCCUUUACGUCCGGGAGAACCUUUGUGUGUCUUCUAUUCACGUUAUGGUAUAUGCAAAUUUGGCCCAAGUUGCAAGUUUGACCACCCAAUGGGAAUUUUCACCUAUAAUAUCUCUUCAUCGCCUUCAGCUGAUGCCCAGAGCAGGCAUCUGCUACGAUCUUCAUCAGGAACUGCUGCGUUAAAUUUAUCUUCGGAAGGACUUGGUGAAUCGAGCUCAGCAACGCCCAGGCGGCUUUCAUUAUCAGAGACAAGACAGAUACCAUCUGGUGAUGAUGACAUUGAUGAUGAUGGAUGAUGAUGUCUCUUGAAAAUGGGUCAUUUAGCUUUUACAAUUUUUUUAAGGGGAGAGAUGACUAAUCUGUAAAUUAAUUUUCCAUUGCUGGAGAUGUACAGAGGUCAUAUAUGUUUUUGAUUCUGUCAAUAAAAUUAAAUGCAGUUGGCAGAGUCAUUUGUUCUGGUUUCAUGUUACCGGGCUCAAUGGAUAAACUUAAGCAAAUGUUGUCACCUUAGGUCCAACCCAAUGUGAACAAUCCUUCUGUUCUGAAGCCAUCUUUCUUUCUAAUUAACUUUUCACACUAUGUAAAAACCUCCUUCUGGAAAUCUGUAAUGACCAAAGUUUACCUCCUGGAUAUUUAUUGGUUGCA